AUGAGGGGCAACUACGAGACACUGAUCUCCCUGGACUAUGCCGUGUCCAAGCCUGACAUUCUCUGCCGGAUUGAGAGGGGUGAAGAGCUCUGCACCAAAGAUGGCCAGGAGUCCCCACAAACAUGUAUCAGAGAGGAUCAAGAGCAGGAGCCCCCACAGGCACCAGAGGAAGACCACGUGGAAGAGGCUUUGGAAGAAGAUGAAGUUCCCAUGGAAGCUAACAGAGAGCACACCGGGUCCAAGCCUGAUGUCCCCCCCCGGACUGAGAGGAAUGAGGAGCUCCAUGCCAAAGAUGGCCAGAAGCUCCCACGGAGACGUGCCAGGGAGGGUGAUGAGCCCCCACAGACACGCAGUAGAGCUAGGCAGAAGGCUCCUCAGACAGGCAUCAUGGAUGGUCAGAAGCCCCUGCAGAGACCAGAAGAGGUGAAGCAGGGGAAAAAGGCUUUGAGAAAAGAUAAAGACCCCAUGGAAGGUAACAGAGAACUCCCCAUCCUGGUGAUGAACGUCAUGUCCCUGAGUGCACAAAAAGCACAGCUGCGGAGUGAGAAUCGGCCAGAGCCAGAGACGGAAGAGAACCCGGCUGAGCCCAGCACUAAGGAAAGUUUAUUAAUGGAAAAGGAACCGCCAUGUCACAAGGCUUCUCCUAAAAAGGUCAAGGUGAAGGAAGAGGAGCCCAAGGUGUUACAAGAGGUUUCUGCAGCCUCUUCUAGCACAGAUUUCCCCAAGUGCCCCAAAAGUGAGCAGUGCAAGGCCAGGAGCAAGAAGAAGCCAAGCCGGUGCUCGAGCAGCAGCCUGCUGAUGGGCAACUGUCGGCGCGGCUAUGUGCGUGAGUGGUCGCACCCCUGCACCGAGUGCGGGAAGCGCUUCCGCCUGAAGAUCAACCUCAUCAUCCACCAGCGGAGCCAUGCCAAAGAGGGGCCCUAUGAGUGCGCCAUAUGCGAGAUCAGCUUUGCGGACAAACGCCACCUCGACCUUCAUCAGAGCAUCCACAUAAAAGACAGGGCCUUUGGUGCCAAGGUCUGGGGGAAUGUCCACCCCGAGCUGAGGAUCCGGCCCAGGGGGAAGUUCUGUGGGGCUCUCUGUGGAGAUGUCCGCAGCCUGGGCAGCAGGACCUACACAGGGGGGCGGCCCUGGCUGGCCCAGCCCAAGGAGGAGGUGGACAGCCCGAGCCUGUCCAGCACGUGUUUCUCCCGCCAGCAGAGCCCUAAAUCUCUGAGGAAGCCUGUAAUGAAAUGCACCCUUUGCAAAAAGAUCUUCUCUUGUACGUAUAACCUCCAUCGGCACGUGCGGACCCACACGCAGGAGAGGCCGUACUGCUGCCCCACCUGCAAGAAAUGCUUCACCCGCAAAACCCACCUCUCGCGCCACCAGAAGAUACACGAGCGCCAGAAGGCCGUGGUUGUGCUCCAGCAGAGCGUGCCA